GAGAAGCAAAAUAUAUCAUUUCUCAGUCGCUGGAGGGUACAUGCUAGAGCCGUCCGCUUUUCUGGACAUAGCGCCUGAAGAAACCUAGGCUAAGUACUUGGCUGCUGCCUAAAUCAGCAACCAUGGCAGCGCCAUCACAACAUUCACGCAUCAAGCUUCCACACACAUCUAGAUUCUGGGAUAGCUUUUUCAAAAUCAGUACUCAACAUGUCUGUGGUUUCAUCACGAGACCUGGCUCACACCAGAAGGCGUCUGCAAAAAGAACUGCAAAACCUCACGAACGAUCCUAUAGAAGGCCUUUCCGCCGCACCCACUGAUCCAUCGAAUCUAUUCUCAUGGAAAGCAACAAUCAGAGGACCUCCUGACACUCCAUACGAAUCCGGUACUUUCCACCUUACCAUGGACUUCCCAGAGGUCUACCCACGCGCCCCGCCAAUAGUCAAGUUCGUGACCAAGGUCUAUCAUCCAAACAUCGAUAGCGAAAACGGAUGGAUUUGUCUGAACAUAUUGACCAUGGAAUGGAGCCCUGUAUUGAACACUUCGACGGUCUUGUUGAGCAUACGAGCGUUUCUGGAUAGCCCGGAUACGGAUGAUCCAGCUGAAUGGGAGAUUGCAAACGAGUAUAUGUACAGGAGGGAGGUUUUCGAUCAAACUGCUAGGAGUUGGACGGAGGAAUUCGCGAAUCCUAGAAGGAUAGUUGAGGACACGACCGAGGAAACGGCACCGAGUCAAGGGGUGGCUGAGAAUACGAUUGAGGACUGGGAGCUUGUAUGAGGUGGUCACUGGAUUGGGAUACAAUCAGGCUCACGUAUAAAGCAAAUCUUGACAUUUCAUUGUUGUAUGAGGCCCAUUCGUAUCUAGACCAAGUUGCUUAUAUCGCAAGACGGGAAGGCAUCGCACGAUCGAAUUUCACUGAAGGUCUCGAAAAGGAGCAUUCGAGGAAGUCAUAGCUCAGACCGUACAUGUCGCUUCCAUCAAGCGACAGUGCCAUCCACAUCUGCCACAUCAGUCACGAUGGAUCUAGUGAAUAAUGUUGAAGCCUUAUCCCUUCAGGCGUUAGGGUAGAAUGGAUACAUAGCCCGAAU